CUUGCUCAUCGCGUCAGUUUGUUGCGUCAGUCGAAGGAGUGAGGGUGUGUUUAUGCGUUCGGUGCCAAGGACAGUCAGUCGACGUCGAACAGUGAUACGGUGCUGGAUAGAGAGGUGACAAUUGGAAUCCUGAUAUUUUAUCACAUAAUACUCUCAAGAAAAGUCGUCACCGAGAACAUUAGCGGAACAAAAAGGAAAGAGAUUUUUAUGUCGUAUGGCGGAUUAUGAGCUCCCCGAAGAGCGUCAUUAUUGCCUUUCCUAAGGGAUUAUCCAAUCCUAAGGCAGGCCAAGUGAACGAAUUGACCCGCGGCGCGUUACCCAGAUUGAAUUUCACGACGUCGAUUCUGACAGACAAGGCGAGGAUGGACGCCAGGAAGAUUCUUCAGGUUUCCCCCAAGCAGGAAGAGAUGCACCCGGAUGACGACUUCACGACAUUCAUCAAAACCGCGGAUGCCUGCGUCCGCGGCAAGAAGCGUCGUCUGGACCACUUAACUUGGGAAGAGAAACUACAACGAAAAAAACUGAAGAAUCGAGUGGCGGCUCAGACUUCGCGGGAUCGCAAGAAAGCCAGAUUGGAUGAACUGGAGGAAACGGUGAAAACGCUGAGAGAGACGAACGAACAGCUCGUGCAGGAAUGCACGAUGUUGAGAUCACAGAACGAGUCAUUGUUGACAGAGUCGAAGAGGCUCAGGAGAGAGAGGGACAUGAGAUCCGCAACCGGAGAUCAGCAACAACAGUACUGCUCCGCGUGCCAGGCUCGUGUCGGCUGCGCUGCACCUUUGCAAGGAUCUGCAGUAUCCCCUGAUUACCCUCUGCCGCAGGGUGGGUCAGCACAGCCGGCACCGUGCCCGACACUAACCCCAGGAGCAACCGCCCUGUUGAAGAUCCUGACCUUCUACCUACUCUCGAGGAGCUGUUUAACGAUCUCCAGAGCGAAGGAUCCUUCGAGCGACUUGAAGAACUGGCCGCAAGUCUUAUGCGAGAAGUUACCAGCGGAGUGGAAGCAAAUCUUCAUAGAACAGAUGAGCAAAUGUGCGUCACAGAAGAACCUAUUAAAAAAUCUGACCGUUCGGAAACAAUGGUGGGGCAGGCAUCAGAAGAUGUGGAAGCCGAUCGAGUCCGCGAAAGCAUGAACAACGUCUCCUACCUACCGGAUACAUCCGAUUGGCACACUAUUGUCCGCGACACAGAGAGCACAGCACCGAUCAAGGAAGAGAUCGAAAUCAAACAGGAAUCCGAACCAACACCUGAUCUUGACACUGUUUAUGGCACUUAUGACGAGGCCACCAACUCCAUCACAAUCAUUUAUCCAGGCGAGGA